AUAAAUUUAUGUGAUCAAGGAUUUGGCGGCCAAGAACAUGGCGAUCCAAUACCAGUAUGUGACAUGGCAGCUGGAGAAAGUACUAGGAAAUAUUUCUUACGAGCAUUUUGAAAUAUCUGAUGAAGUUCAGGAGGAGGUUGAACUGGUGCGUGCACAACUGAGGAGGGAGACCAUGAAGGAUGGAGCGGAGAAUCUGAUUGUUUUUAAAGAGAUUCACAAUAUGCUCUCCCCCGCACUUUUUGGAGAAUUUAAACGGCACAAUUCAUUUAAGUUUGAAGCACCACAGGACGAUAAAAAUGGCAUUGUUGAUCAUGGACUUAGGGACAUGGUGAUACUUCUUGCAGAAGUCAAUGGAAAAUCUGAUUUUGAUGCUGCGAGGAUGACACUCAAUUUGAUGGAUGGACUUAAAAGGACCAGCCAUGCUGAUCUUCCUAAUAUUGAGAAAGCUGAAACCAAGUCAAGUAAAUUAGGAAGCAGCACAGUAGAAGAUGAAAGACGUGAUUCUCCGGUGAUUCCAGAAGACUUCCGUUGCCCUAUAUCUCUUGAACUUAUGAAAGAUCCUGUUAUCGUUUCCACAGGACAGACUUAUGAGCGUUCCUUCAUUCAGAGAUGGAUAGACUGUGGCAAUAGAACAUGUCCCAAGACUCAGCAAAAGCUCCAAAACCUUACACUAACUCCAAACUACGUGUUACGAAGUCUAAUCAUGCAGUGGUGUGAAGCUAAUAGCUUUGAGCAGCCGCACAGAUCAACGGGCGGACGUAUGAGAAGCAACGGAACAUUUCACGAAAUCACUGGUGAUAAAAGCCUGAUUAAUUCCCUCAUUGCAAAACUUACCAGCAGAUCAAUGGAAGAGCAGAGAUCAGCUGCUGCUGAAAUCAGAUUACUGGCGAAAAGAAGCACAGACAAUAGGAUUCUUAUAGCAGAAGCUGGAGCCAUCCCAGCUCUUGUUGGUCUCCUAUGGCUGGAUGACCAGAAAACACAGGAGCAUGCAGUGACAUCCCUCCUCAACCUUUCUAUAUAUGACCAUAACAAAGAAGUAAUAAUGCUAGCUGGAGCAAUAGCUCCUAUUAUUCAAGUUCUUAAAAGUGGAAGCAUGGAAGCAAGAGAAAAUGCAGCUGCUGCUAUCUUUAGUUUGUCACUUAUUGAUGAGAACAAAAUAACUAUUGGUGGGGCACCAGGUGCCAUUGAAGCACUGGUAGAAUUGCUUGAGAGCGGAAGCCCGAGGGGGAAGAAGGAUGCUGCAACAGCUCUUUUUAACUUGUGUAUUUAUCAGGGAAACAAAUUACGAGCUGUGAGAGCUGGAAUUCUGAGACCUUUGAUUAAGAUACUUAAGGAUUCGAUGACCUGUGGAAUGCUGGAUGAGGUGCUGACCAUUUUGUCUGUUCUUGUAAGUCACCAGGAAGGGAAGGCAGCGAUAGCUAAAGCUAAUACAAUCCCACUUCUAAUAGACCUGUUGAGAACUGGGCAGCCACGCAUCAAGGAGAAUGCAACAGCUAUACUGCUUGCUCUAUGUAAGAAGGACUCUGAGAAUUUAGCUUAUAUAGGCAGGCUUGGUGCUGUUAUACCUUUAACAGAGGUUGUGAAUAGUGGCACAGAGAGGGCGAAGCGCAAGGCUAGUUCUCUUCUUGAGCACCUGAAGAAGCUGCAGAUUCUCUGAAUAAAUUUUUCUCAUGGGGAAUAUUCAAUAAAUUCCUCCUGUGCAUAUCGAAAUGAAACUAUAAGCUUUUAUGUGAAUGAAAUGCAACUUUGUUUGAUUUAGCGGUUGAUUUUAAGGUAAAUAUCUACUGCUUUCUGCACAUUUAUUUCAUUCAUUGAGAAAUUUGUCCAAAGCUUUU